UUUCGCAACAAUGCCAACAAACAAAUCCAUCGCCAAUAUUAUUGCUAGAUAUUUUGAACUGCCAAGCAUUUUCUGGUCCUUGGAUAGUUUCUUUUCUUCCAUGAUCUGUAAUGGAAGUGAUAUUACAAAGGACCAAAUCUAUGAGUCCUUUUACGAGGAACUGAAGACAGUUCUAAACGAUCCAGAGUCACCAGAAGCCUACAAUAAGGCCAGAGAACUUUUAAGUACCAAGAAGCUCGAUAUUAGAAAGGUUGAUAAAAUGUUGAAAGUUAAAAAUGUGCUGGAAGAGGUGACAAAUUGUGUACCAGCAAUGAAAAGAAGGCAAGAAGCUAACAUCACCUCUCCAGCCACGUCAAAGAAGAAAAAAGCUGAAGAUACAG